GUUGAGCGCGUUUUAAUACAGAACAGGAAGCAAAGGAAAGAAAAAGAUAAUAAAUAUAUAUAUAUAUUUCUAUUCAUACAUGUUUUCCUAAUAAAGAUCAGGGACGUCGGGGUUAAACUUUAGGUCUCUUUAGUGGUGAGGUUUUAUGUUAUUACUGCUUUUAGUCAUGGUGGGAAACGAGAGAUGUUUGUUGUACUCGGGAUGAAAGUAAACAUUAUUUCAGCACCAACGGUUUAGUAGCAGAAGAAGAAGAAGACGGUUGCUAACCGUUAAGCUAAUCAGUUUAGCUUAAACUAAUACAUUUAUUCGCUUCUUCACUUGUCGUAUUUCUAAUCCAGGUGUUUUAAUAUAGAUAUUAAAACCCUCCUCGUUUCCCCCCCUACAGCGGAUUCAAACAGCAGGGGGACAUUAAACCAGCCUCCGAGUGCCUUAGCGGUGGAUAGAUAGUGUUGAUAAGCAGCUAGCUUGUAGCUAACAACAUUGCGGCGGCUAACAUGGACGAAGAGGUGCAUGUAUGUGUUAGCAUCAUGGCAGCACUCUUAUAUAAUCCUACAACCAAAUCGCGCUCGCUUUCGUCCAGGAAAGCGACUUUCGGCUCGGUUUAGACGCAGAUAUGUGAGUUUGUGUGCUGAAAUCAAACAGGAUCAACGCGAACAUGGAUUCCAACCCUCUCAUAAGUGCCAUGGACCCGUCCAUCACGCUGUGGCAGUUUCUGCUGCAUCUCCUGGAUGACCAGAAUCAGCGACACCUGAUCUCCUGGACGUCCAACGACGGCGAGUUUAAGCUGCUGGAUGCCGAGGAGGUGGCGCGACUCUGGGGGCUGCGCAAGAACAAAACCAACAUGAACUACGACAAGCUGAGCCGCGCGCUGCGCUACUACUACGACAAGAACAUCAUAAAGAAAGUAAGCGGUCAGAAGUUCGUCUACAAGUUCGUGACCUUCCCCGACCCUAACUCGGCCGACGGCCUCAGAAGCCCCGAAGACACCCAGCGGCUCAUCGGCGGAGAGAAAACCGAGGCGUCUGUCCAAUCUAAAGCAGCAGGGGGCGUCGGUGCCACCGUGGCCUCCCUGUCCAAGAGCCUACACCAGUCUCAGCGCUCGUCUCCGAGCUCGGUGCAGCGCAGCUCCCGCAACGACUACAUGAAGUCUGGGCUUUACUCCACGUUCACUAUCCAGUCCCUGCAGACACCCUGCAAGAGCUCCAGCAAAGCUGUGAAAACUGAGCUGUCUGUGGAGAACACGCCCAAACUCGGCAGCAGCGAGCGGCUGCUACAAGAGAUGCUGGUGUGUCAGACAGAACCUCAGCAGGCCGCAGCGGUCGCUCCGUCUACAGCCGACAGCACUGGGCUGCAGGUGAUCGUGACGCAACCGUCACCCUGCGCCACUCCCGCCCUCAGCCCACAGACGCCCUCCGCCUCCGCUGCUGCCCCUACGGACGGCCAGCCGCAGAAGAACCAGGCUCUCAGCGAUCCCCCUCAGAUCUACCUGGCGAGCAUGUCCGACCCCAGCUCGCUGACGUCGCUGAUCCAGGUAGCCGGUAGUGACUGUGUGGUCGGUUCCCAACAGGGUCACCCUGUGUUUGUGGUCAUAAAGCCUCAACCUGUAGGGGAAUCCAAAGAUCAUCCGAGCAUCUCUCCUGGAGAGGAUCUGCUGGACAUCGUGGACCUGGACGUCAAACCCGAAGCGGAGAUGAUCCCUGUGUCCACUCCAGUAGUUACGGAGGCUCCGGUGCCUGUCGAUGCCUCUCCACCCUCCUGCCCUGAGCCUGCGGUUCAGCCGGUGGUAGAAUCUGAGCAGAAGGAUGAGUCUCAUCCACCUGUGGAGGACACGAGCUCCAGCGAAGCAACACAGCAACCAGCCUCCACUCAGGAAGCGCAGCCACCCAAAUCCAAGAAGCCUCGCGUGCUCGAGCUUCCCUCGUCUCCUACUUCGCUCCCUCCAGGUCUCUCUCUGGAUAAAGUCAGCGCAGCGGUGAACAGUUUGCUGGCUCCGAGCAGCACCACAAACACCCUCACACCCACCGUCAUCACCUCUCACGCCUUGACUCCGGUGUUGUUGACGCCGAGUCCCCUCCCUUCCACCAUCCACUUCUGGAGCACGCUGAGUCCCAUCGCCCCGCGCAGUCCUGCCAAGCUCUCCUUCCAGUUUCCCUCCAACGGCAGUAAUCAGAUCCACAUCCCGUCUCUGAGCGUGGACGGACUGUCUACUCCUGUCGUCCUGUCCCCGGGCCCUCAGAAACCGUAGACGUCCCGUCUGCGACAGCUAACUCAGCUCAGCUCAGCACAGCACAGCACAGCACAGCUCUCUGUACGGCGAGUCCUGGUCCAUGGAUGACUCCCUCAGGCCCCUCAGGCUGGCUGUGUAUCUGGCUGAAACAGGAGCCUCUGUCUUUCAGCCACAGACUAAAAGGUGCCAUUUUAUAGACCAAGUUUAACUCGAGUUCAUUUCGUCCUCCUUUAUCCUUACUGUUCUCUACCUUAUUUAUUUUUGCCUUCUCAACCGUGUAGAUAUUUUGGUGCAUAUUUUACUUUCCCUAGUUUUAAAGGAGCUCACUAAAUUAUUUGGAGUGUUCACCUUUUGAGGUCUCUCUUCUUUCCUCCCUGUCGUAAGACGACGCAUCACGAAGCAGACUUUGCUUCUUCCGAAUUCAUUUCUUAUUUCAUUAAUAAGGACAAAAAGCUGGAAUAUGGGAAGACAGCCAGAUGGCAGUGAAGACACACUUCCUUGUUUUCCACUUCUGAACUUGAAAAGCAUCGUGACUUUUUUUUUUUUUUUUUUUAAUCUGCAAUCUCGUUUUAAAAAAAAAUGGAGGAUUUUCUUCACGACUGACUUCACGGGCUUUAUUUUGAUAAAGAGGCAUUUAAAUUCUCAUUGGAAUGAAAAGGCCAUCUGUGGGAAUCACACAGGCGGAAAUGGGAAGACGGGAACGUGGGAUCCGCCGGAGGAUCGACUCCUUGUUAUGACACAGAAUGUAUCCAUGUUCCCUUUUGCUUCGAUGUCGUUUCCUCUCGUUGUUUAGCGUUUCCCAUUCCAGUCUGAACAUUCACAUAUGUUUGUUUUUUCUCUUGUUCUUUUGGUGGUCUUUUUUGUGUUUAAUAACCUUUUCAGUUGUUGGUUUUUAGAAAAAAAAUGCCAGAGGAGACCAACAGCAAUUAUACUGAAUUUAAUGAGCAUCUCUGAGAGUGCGAAACAUCUCUCUCUCUCUCUCUCUCUCUCGCUCUCUCUCUCUCUGUCUCUCUCGCUCUCUGUCUUUCACUCUUGCUCUCUCUCUCUCUCUCUCUCUCUCUCUCUCUCUCUCUCUGUCUUUCACUCUUGCUCUCUCUCUCACUCACUCACUCACUCACUCACUCUCUCUCUCUCACACACACACACACACACACACACUGCCUCUUUCUUAUUCUCAUACACACAUACGCAAUAUCUCUCUCUCCCUCUCUCUCUCUCUCUCUCUCUCUCUCACACACACACACACACACACACACACGCGCACACACACACACACCACACACAUACGGAGUCUCUCUCUGUCUCGCUCUGUCUCUCUCUCUCUCACUUACUCACUCACUCACACACAUGCACACACUUUCUGUCUCUUUCUGUCUGUGUGUGUCUCUUUCUCGUUCUCUCAUGCACGCACACACACACACGCACACACACACACAAUCUCUCUCUCUCUCUCUCACUUGCCCUCACACACACACAAUCUCUCUCUCUCACUUGCGCUCACACACACACACACACACACACACAAUCUCUCUCUCUCUCACUUGCGGUCUCAAACACACACACACACACAAUCUCUCUCUCUCACUUGCGCUCUCUCUCUCUCUCACACACACACACACACACACACAAAAUCUCUCUCUCUCACACACACACCACACACGGAGUCUCUUUCUCUCUCUCUCAAUCUGAUUUUCUUGUUUUGUCUCCGUCUCUGUUUCUAAAUUUAUCACAUAAAGGGCUACAGGAUUCAUCCCACCACCAAACCAUCAACUGUCUCUGCUUCUCGGUGACUGGAGUUACACAAUAACGUAAUAAUGACAAUGACUAUACAAUUACUUCAUCAUUCUAGGAAGAUAGAAAUGAUUUUCUUCAUUCAUUUCCCUUACUUUCUUUGUCUCGACUGAGUUUGGUGUCGCCCCACAUUUCUUUGCUGUGCGUUUAAUCGAAUUCAUUGGGAAAAGUUGAGUAUUUUUAAAAACGCAACUCAAUUCUCGCCUCCAAGCUGUGAACUGUGUUACUUUUUCUUUUUUCAGCAUGAAAACGGAGACAGACAAGUAAGUGUGAUGGCGCUUUUAUUUUCUUCUUAUUAUUAUUUAUUUAUUUUUUUAUUUUUGGUCCACACAAAAGCACAAUGACAGUUUUAUUGCAGCUCAGUGGAAAAGCUCUUCACGGCCCUUAAAUGUGUGUCAUACAAUCGCACUUGUACUUAAAAAAAUACACAGAUUACACACACAAGGACAUUUUUCUUUCCGGACUGUAAGAUGCUAUAAAGCUUCUAAGCAUGAAUGCGGUUCGAUUUCUAUAUUUCGUUCAGUUUCUGCCGAACGAAAUCAGAAAAAGCAACACCAACAUUGAACGAAUUGAAGGAUUAGCUGCGAUUUGUGGCUCGACCCAAAAGAUAGCAACUCUCACUUUCCCAUUAUAACAUCUCAGUGUUUUAAAAAAGUGAAAAAGUGACAUACGGCUAAGUACGGUGACCCAUACUCAGUAUUUGUUCUCUGCAUUUAAUCCAUCCAAAGUGAACACACACACCGUGAACACACACACACCGUGAACACACACCCGGAGCAGCCAUUUAUGCUUGGGCGGUUCGGUGCCUUGCUCAAGGGCACCUCAGUUGUGGUAUUGCCAGCCCGAGACUCAAACCCACAACCUUAGGGUUAGGAGUCAAACUCUCUAACCAUUAGGCCACGACUUCCCCCAUUAUUAUUACUUCACGGUCUUUUGUUAAAAAAUUUCAUGCUACAUUUACAAAUCAUCAUCAUUAAUAUCUCAAAACUAUCGAAUGAAACUUAUUACUGCUGCAGUAUUUUGAGACACACAAAAAACAAAAUCGCAAAAUAUGGCAACCAUUAUUUCACAGCAUUACGUUCAUCACCGAAUUUUUUUUUACACCUUUUACAUUAAAUCGCGAAAUCUGGCAACCAUUAUGUCAGAGCACUACACUCAUUAACGACCUUUUACACAUUUUAUAUAAAUGAUGGUUGCCAGAUUUUACAAUUUAAUGUAAUGUGUGUAUGUUCGGUGGUGUUAUGCUCUGAAAUAAUGGUUGCCAGAUUUUGCAAUUUAGUUCAUCGUACUCAACCGAACUUUUUUUCACAUUUUCCGUUAAUCAAAAUUUUUUGUUUGUUUGUUUUAUUUUUUAUUCUUAUUUUUUUUUUUUUUUUUAUAAACUUUAUUCAACCAAAAUUUUUGUGAGGAAAAAAUUCCCGAACGUCAAACUUGUAAAUAAAAACUAAAAAUGUGGCAGUUGGUGUAUAGAAGUCGCAGUUGAACCUUAUCUAAUCUAACAGAUAUCAUUUAGAUUGAAUAUACAGCUGAUACCUAAUAGAGCUUGUGGUAAAAAGUGGAUUAGUUUUGAAUUUAAAAGCACUUAUUUCCUGCGAAAACAGGAAACACUUUAAUCAAAGUAGGCACAAACUUCAGGCACUAAACUAAGUCACAGAUUUGCCUUAUUGUCUGUAACACACAGCACAGUCCAGUGUUUAAAUAAAAACCUGACAAAGAAACGAGUGAUAUUAGACGUUGUGGUUUUUCCCCCACGGAAUUAUUACGAGGGUGCGUCUUACAGUCCGGAAAAUAAAUCCGUGUGAGUUAAGAGCUAAGGCACGGCACGUGUAAAUGUUUCACUUGGCCUUUUGUGCAAAGUACAAAGACGUACCGAAGCACAAGUACCGAGAACUUCUUCAACUUUAUUCUAUGUUUAAAUAACUUCAUUUCUUAAAUUCAGAUCUUUUUUUUUUUUACGUUUUUCUGUUCUGUAACGUCAGCCUCGUGAGCAUCUGACUAGCUGUUGUGUUAUUAACGCCAUGCUAACUAUUAGCUCAGAAAGUGAUCGUCAUUGUCCUGUGAAAUCACCAGUUUCUGAUCCUGUGAAACAGGCAGUAAAAUUUUACUCAAAUGCCAAAUCCAGACUCUUGAGUAUAUCAGCAGGAUUUAAAAAAAAAAAAAUGUAAACAGCUUGUUUCACUUUGUUUGCACUUUCGUCUUCGUCGUGUUUGUGUUUGUUUCUGUGUAAUUUAAACGAAAAUUCCGGCUGUUUGAUUAAGGUGUCGAAGCAGUGCUGUUGAUUUGGGCCUCCUCUGGAAUAUCUAUAUUUUACCGUGUGUGCUUCAUGCUCCAGGAUCCUGGGAAUGUCAUGUCUGAAACACAACACAACACAACACAACACACCACGCCUCACUAUCAGAUUCAUACCGAUGCCAUGUCUCAGGGCCUUUUUACACCCGGUCACUUCGUGUGUUUUCUCUGAUCCGAUAGCUAUCUGAUUUGUUAAAACUGUUCCAUUUACAUUAGGCCACAUAAAUGCGUCUCGGCGAAUCGGAUAUCGAUCCGAUCUUUCUGCUCCCGCCCAAAAUGCUAAUAUGUUUUUACCUCAUUUCCGUUUCUGGCGCGAUGCACGACUGUGAGACUCACCUGCGAGUGACGUACUUCCGUUUGGGAGGAGUAUAGCGCUGAUGUAUGUGGCUUGAACAACCACAUUCAUUUACACCUGUCCAGUUUCAUCUGAAACGCGUCCCAGACCACCUCCUGAAGUGGUUUGAACCACCGGAUUUAUAUCCGUCUCGAAAACGUUUCGGAGGACAUUUAGGCCUGGUCUAUAUAUAGCUAUCCGGAUCGCUAUCUGAUCACAGAAAACGCAUGAAGUGACCAGGUGUAAAAAGCCCCUCAGAUGCAGGUUUGAUUUCGUGCCUCGGUUUGCAUAGACAUUCAUCAUGAAAUUCAGAUUUUAGGAUUUAUAAGCUUAUGAAAUCUGACUGGAUGUCGCUAUUGAGUUGGGCUUUGGAUCGCAGAUGCGUUGUUUUAUUCUGGACUGAACCAUAAGCGAGCUCUUCAAUUUUAUCUUAUUUUUUUUUAUUUAGUACUGUUAAUGUACACUGAAACAUUUAUCAGACUCUUACUGAUGAAGUGAUAAAAGCCAUUUCACACUUAAAUUUAUUUACUUUUUCACCACCACCAUCACAGCGCUUUGUUGGUUUGCGUUCAGAAGGUCGUUCGGGCAAGUAAUACAACUGCAAUAUUUGAUUUGCCACUGUGAUCGUUACUGAUUUUGUCCUCAUUGAUGGUGCAUUUAAUAUUUUAGAAAAAAACAUGAAUGCAUGAAGUGCGGUAUGUUUACAGGAAGCAGAAAAAAAAACACGAUGCGUUUUACAGCGAGUUGAACGUGGGCCUUGUGCACAUCUUCCUGUAAAGCACUGCAUUCCUUUUAAAAUGGCUUAAAAAGCUUGUUCCCUUCACCACCCAUCGAUACACUGACGCCAUGCUGUGUACUCAAUACUCGGAAAUCAGCCUUUUAUUCCAUCCCUCGAUUUGGUGUAAAGAAGAAAAGCCAUACUUCUUACCAUUGUGGUGUAAGUCGGAAUGAUCGCUUACGAUAUUUAUCUAGUUUUAUAUAGAAAUCUGUUAGACUGUACGUCUUCAUGACUGGACAAAGUUCUUAUGCAUGAUUUUGCUUCUGAUUGCAACUUUUCUCGAAAGGAGGAAACGUUUUUCAGAAGGCGAUCGAAGCGUCUUUGUUUUGUAUUGUUUUGACCUAAUUGUGAAAUUUCAGUGGAAAAGUAAUUAGUGAGGUUUUUUUUUUGGGGAAAGGUUACCAGAGCUGUUAAGGACUAAUUGUAAAUUUUGCUGAAGCUUUGUAAAUGCUAAUUUCCUCUGCUGUUGCUUGUGUUUAAACCAGCUGCCUCUAUGUUCUCAUAAGAUCUGCAUUUCUGAAGAUUUCAAUUCCGACCCUGAUCAUUCACACCUGAUCCAGCUGAUUGAAUAUUUCGCUGGAUUUAUUGAGAGCAACACACUGGUCAGGAUAAUUAGACACCAUCCAGAUGUUCAAGCUGAUCAAUCUGAUCAAACAGCUUUUCAAGCAGGUCAAACACAGUCCAGCUGUUCAGGCUGGUCAAACACUCAUCCAGAUGUUCAAGCUGACCAAUCUGGUCAAACACUGUUCGGCUGUUCAAGCUGAUCAAACAGCUGUUCAGGCUGGUCAAACACUCAUCCAGAUGUUCAAGCUGAUCACUGUCUGGCUGUUCAAGCUGGUCAAACAGCUGUUCAAGCAGGUCCAGCUGACUGACAAAUCAAAUUUCAUCCAGUCAAUCAAACUGAUUGUACGUCUGAUUAUGUUGAUCAAACUGCAUCCAUUUGAGCUUGUCAGGCUACAUUUGAGCUAAUUGAUUCAGGCAAACUGCGUCCAACCAAUCAAGGGAAUCGAACACUGUCCAGCCGAUCAGAUCUCAUCCAUCCGUUAGAGAUGUUUACAUUUUGUCGAGCUGAUCAAGGUGAUCAGACUUGAUGGAGUUGAUCAAUUCAGUAAAAUUACCUCCAGCAGAUGAAGCUGUUCUUUGUUCAGCCAAAUCCUGUGCCGCAAGUCGGUCCAGCUGUUUGAGCUGCCGAAAGUCGGUCCAGCUGUUUGAGCUGCCGAAAGUCGGUCCAGCUGUUUGAGCUGCCGAAAGUCGGUCCAGCUGUUUGAGCUGCCGAAAGUCGGUCCAGCUGUUUGAGCUGCCGAAAGUCGGUCCAGCUGUUUGAGCUGCCGAAAGUCGGUCCAGCUGUUUGAGCUGCCGAAAGUCGGUCCAGCUGUUUGAGCAGCUCAGUUUGUUCUGCUAAUGGAGCCAAUCAAACUGUGUCCAGCUGAUCAAACCUUAUACGUCUGUUCAGGCUAAUAAAAAGCUUCUGAUCAGCUUAUUGUGCUGAUCAAGCUUCAUCCAGAUGAUUAUGUAGUUCCUGUCCUGCUCCUUCAGAUACAUGAAGUUUAGAGGCAAAUACAGAAGCUGCCACGAUUGCACAAUGUAUAGCUCCUUGGUUCAAACGUUGGGCUGAUUGGAUGAUGUGAGAUCUGAUAAAAGGCAGUUAACUCGGUUGUAUCGUCUUUUAUUUGGAAGUGUCUUUGGAUCAGCAGAGCAGGUGGUGAUAAAUAACCAAGAGCUGGAGCUGAAAUCUUCAGUGCAGAUAUCUCUCCAUGGGCAAGGUCAGAGAUCCUGUAGCUAAAACUAAUACAAUCAAUGCUGUACAUCUUGAAGCUCUGAUGACUGUUUAAGUGCUUAUUGUUGUACCCUUGAGCACCAUGUGAAAAAGAGCCAGGCCUUAAUAUUGAAUGUUGUCUUUUUUUUAAAAAAAAAAAAAAAAAAAAAAAAAACUGACUGAGGUGGUCUUCAACGAUUACCAUCAUGAUGAAACAUCAAAUCAGCACUUUACCGUUAUUACGUUCAAGUUCCACGAUUAGAUCCGUUCUUGCUUUUUCAAAAUGGAUAUUAAAAGAUUUUGUUAAAUGAUUGUAUGGUAUGAAAUGUACAAGAAUAUUAGUCUAUUAUAGGACAUUUUCCCCCGUUUUUAUUUUAUUUUAUUUUUUUUAAAAACUUGAACCAAAAUUGUGUAGAAAUUGUAUUUGUGCAAGUUUUAAUUGUGCAAAAUUGUUACCAGCAUGCGCUUAAUGUUGUUGUAAUUUCAAAUUUUAUGCAAGUGGGCGCACAUCUUCUACACACACACACACACACACACACACACACACACACACACACACAAAAGCCAUUUAUUGAACAGUUGAUGUACAUGUUGAAACAACAGGCAGUCCUGCAGGUCUGGGACCGUUUUUUUUUAUGGAAAGGAAAGUGUCAGGUUGUUUGUAUCCAAUUUUUAAAUACCAGCAAAGAUUCGUAUGAACUCAAACUUUGCCAUUUGUUGUGAGAAGUUACAGCUGAUCAGAUGUCCUUAGGUGAGGAUAAGCCUAGACGUCUUUGCUUUUGGAUAUUGCUCAGAGUUUUUUUUUUUUUUUUUUUGAGGUAUCAAAAUCAAAUUGUGGGUGGCUCAAAACUGUUAAAGCCUUUUAUAUACAUAUAUAUUAAAAAAAAAGUCUUUUACAAGUUCCUGAAGCAUCCUGUACUUUGCGCUGUUGUCAGGUGUGUCUCUGAACUUGAUUUUUUUUUUUUCCCCCCCUCUUUAAACUGUUCUGCUAUUAAAUGGUUUAGUAUUGAUUAACGUGCUGGGACGUCUUUGUGUUUCGAGGAAAAAAAACAACAACAAAAAAAAAAAAAGUCUGAAUUUUCUGUAGUACUUAGUCCUGACUGAAUGUGGGACAUGGAUUUCAGAUCUCUUUCUUGGCCUCCCUUUCCCAGAUGAGACCCUUCUCUCUGGGAGUUUAUUUAUCAAAAGGGACCAAGGGGCCUUUAUUUUUCAGAACUGUCCAAAUACGAUACUAUAUUUACUGGAAAGAGACGAGAUUAUUUUUAAUCUGCACAUUCUACUUGGUUUGUGUGUAUGUUAUGGAUAUUAAUCAUGUUUUCUAAAGAAAUAUGGAGCAAAUAUAUUGAAAAAAAAAGGAAAUAAAAUACUAUUUUGUUCUUUA